UCCAUCCUCGACCACUCUUCAUCACUUUGAAUUCACACCUAGCCAUCAACGCAACCAUUUAACCAUCAACGCUCAACCCCCUUCAUAUCAUAAUCGACCCUUUCAUGAUGAUGUCCUCAUACUUGGGCGUCGCCCAAGCCGGCCCGUCCGCGGCCAUGUACCAGCAGCACCCUUCAGACGCCUUUAUGGACGAUCUAUCUCGACAGAUGGCCAUCUCACAGGCCUCCCGACGGCUUUCCAGGGGCUCGAACUGUCAGCAACGAGCGGGAAGUGCCAUGAGCACCGCCAUGCGAGUUGUCAAGCCUACCAGUGCCAACAGCAGUCCGAGAUCAACCAUGGCGGCCAGGCGGAGGACACUGAUGGGCGACGGUUCUCUGGCAGCAAGGCGAAGGCAACAGGUUGUGGACCAGAAUGUUUGGCCCCUCACGCAGGAGAUGCCAAGUUCUCAAACUCGACCCAGCCGCCCCCUCAGCUGGCACCCCUCGUCCUACUAUCACGGCCAGAUGUCGGCGCCAGCACAACAGCAUCUCGCCCAGCACCCGUUCCCUACCUACCACGACUACGAGCUUGCAUCUGGCAUGCAGUCUCACUACUCGCCAGUCCCGGCCUACUCGUGCAGCACGUCUCCCAAUUCUGCAUUUUCGCCCCUCGCUCUGCCGUACAACAGCUUCGACGCGGCCCCUUGUCUGCCCGUAGAAGGCUGGGGUGUCGCAUCUCAACCCACGCCAAGUUAUGUAUCGGCCCAUGUGCCGAGCACCUCUUGUGCGAGCCGUUCCCUGUGA